AUGAAGCAAAGAGACGAUAGAAGCGACACUUCUGGUGCCUCACCCAAAAUUAAAGUAGAGAGACUUUCUCCGAGACUUGAAACGGAACAAAUGUCAAUAGUUCCAGAACCAAGAUAUGUUCGCGAUUGGCUUUCUUCGUUAUAUGUUGAGAACCGAGAACACGUUCAGAAUCAAGAGUUAAAUGUUAUUGUAACAAGUCAAAUAUUUGAACCAAAGAAAUUAUUUCCUCCUAACGAUGACAAUGUCAUUGUGAAAGAAGAACCAAUUGAUAAAGAAUUCAAUCAAACCUCAAAACGCCGCACCGCAGUGAGAAAGUUAGAUCAUUCACAGAUUAUGGAUGAUAAAAGUCAAGGACAAAAUAAGAAGGUAAAGGAAGAUGGAAACAAUAAGAACGGAGAGGAUGAAGAUAUUGAAUACACAGAGGAGAUGUUACAGAAAGUUAGAGAAUUUGAGAUUCUCCUCGAAAAGUUUGAUCAGAAGGCACUUGAAGCAUAUAACGCAUAUAUGGAUCUCAAUUCUAUAUUAUCACCGGAUAUGGAGAUUAUUAUAGAUCUUCCCAAACAUAUCAAUAGAAAUGCCAUCCAUCAGCUGAUGGGGUUCGCAAAAAACGGACCUAGUAACGACAAACAACAUUCUCUCUGA